UAUUUUCAUUGUAUUUCAUUUUAUCUAAACAGCAGUGUAAAAUUAUUCUAUAGAGAAAAUAUUUCAACUCUAUUUAUUGUGAAUUUGUUAUUUUUCUUUCUUAUUUUUUUAAACUUUAAUCGCACUAAUGAAUUGUAAAAAAUAAUCAUUCAAACAAUUCUCUAUAACAUAGCUGUAAUUGCAAAAGCAAUAAGUGUUUUUCGCAAUGUCCACGCGAUAUAUGAAAAAAGUGUAUGGUUCAAAUAUAUUUCCAAAGUCAAAUGAUUUUGAUGACACAAGUGAUAAUGAAGAGACAAAUAUUCGAGACGUUAAGCAAAAAAAAUUCAAUGCAUUCAGUUUGUUGAAUAAUACUGAAUCUGAAGACGAAAAACAAGACAAUACAGAUGAAAAUGAUGCAGUUAGUCAAGAGGAGGAUGAAAAUACUCAAAAGGAAGAAAUUAAACGUAAAAAAAAGAAACGUCAGCGUAAAAAUCGUAAUCAAAAUAAUGCCCCACAGAAUGCUGGUGCAAUAAAAGUUGAUUCAGAAGAUGAGAUUGAAAGAACAGUGCGAGAAGUUAAUAAAUUACUUGGCGAACCAACACCAAGUACAAGUCAAGUAGACGUUGAAAACUCAAAGUCAAUUGUCCUAAAAUCUAAAGAUGAAAUUCUAUCAGUGCAUCAUAAGCACUUAAAUCCAAUCAACGAACUCAAGAGAAUAUUCGGAAGCAAAACAGUUCAAGCCGAAGAAAACAAACAAAGAAGCAAAAGACGAACUGGCCACUUAAAGAAGACAUGGCUGGUUUCGCCUCGAGACAGUUGGUUGCCUUUCGCUAAAACAGGCCUCUCCAUGAUGUUGGAUAUUUCAAUGGAGACGCAAGACGGAACUCAAUAUUUCGUUUUCGAACACGGAUCAUCAUAUCGACAAGCUCAGAUGAAAUUUAUCCAAGCUGUUGAAAGUUCUGACCACGAAAAUAUCAUUUCGAUGGUAAAUCAACAUCCAUAUCAUGUCGAUGCGCUUAUUCAAUUGUCCGAGCUUUGCAAGCUGAGUGAGGAUCUCGCAACAGCUGCACAAUUAAUUGAACGAGCUCUAUAUACACUCGAAUAUGCCUUUCAUCCUCUCUUUAAUCUAACGACAGCAAAUUAUCGAUUGGAUUAUAGAAAACAGCAAAAUAGAUCAUUCUAUGUGGUCCUCUUCAAGCAUCUCACGUUCGUCAGUGGCAGAGCUUGCUAUAGGACUAGUUUAGAACUUUCCAAGUUCCUCCUGUCGUUAGAUCCAGUAGAUGAUCCACUAGCUGCUGUUUUAAUGAUUGAUUUCUACGCCCUUAGAGCUAGAGAAUACGAAUGGUUCGUUAAAUUCUGCAAGUUAUGGGAAUGCUCGAGAAAUUUGUCUCAGUUGCCAAACAUUGCUUACAGUUUAGCUCUCGCUCAUUUUCGUUUAAAAGAACAAGAAACUGCAAAUGAACUUCUUCAGAAUGCUCUCCUAAUGUUCCCAGGCGUUUUGAUGCCCCUGCUAGAUAAAUGCAGCGUUCAGACGGAUUCGAGAGUUCAAGGACACGAUUAUUUCAAUAGUAAAGCUGCCAGUACUACUCCGCCAUCUUUAGAAAAGUUGCAAGAUUUAUUUGUAAAUCGUUCUUAUCACGUGUGGAAGGAAGCCGAGGUUUUGCCUUGGCUUGAGAAGCAAGUAAACAUUGUUUUGGACAGAGUGGAUUCGAAAGACGAGGCUGUGAAAUUUUAUCAAUGUAAACGGAGCAAAAGAUAUCAAGGGAAAUUACCGAGAAAUAUAUUGAGACACAUUAUUCUCUCGGAUUUGAAAGGUGUCACUAUCGCUGUUUCAGAGACUCAACAAGUUCCAAGUAAUGGACCAAUUUUGUCCUACGAUCCUCUACCGCCUCUCGAAACUAUUGACAUUUAUCCUAAUCCCAGAGCUUCAAGGAGGAUAAAUGAAGCUUCAAAUGUUCUGUCCUUAUUUUUUACCUCUUUGUUUAGAGACGUCGGAGGUAAUCCGGCAGAUUUUAAUGGCUUUUUAGUCGGAGAUAAUCCUGAGGAAAAUGACUAAAAUAAACGUUCACCGGCUUAUUAAAACAAAAUCACCGGCUCGAAAUAACGUUUCGAGUUUAAAUUCAUUUGAGGAAAUAAUUUGUCGAAUUUUCUGGAUAUAAUGUUGUAAAUAUGCUUGAUGAUGUUUGAAAAAGAAUAUCAUUGAAUAUGUGCUCGAAUCCGUCGAUGUAAAAAAAAAAUGAAUUAUUUUAAAUUUGCAAGGCAGGAAAUUCGAGAUUGUAAUAUAACAGUUUUAAUAAAUCUAAGUAUCUAGUCUUACUUCUAAA